AUGGCAGCGGCAUCACCAAAGUUCUCCGAGGGCUCGGACGAGCCACGCCUGACCCAGGAGCUGGACAGUCUCCUCAGCAGGUGGACCCUCACAACAGAUGGGCAAGGAAUCGAGCGGUCCUUCAAAUUCAAGACAUUCGCGAAGACAUGGGACUUCAUGACAGCCGUGUCUCUGCAGUGCAAGAUCAAGAACCACCACCCCGAGUGGUCAAACGUCUACAACACUACUUUCAUCCGCUGGACGACACACAGCCCGCGGGGCCUGUCGGCCAAGGACACGGAGCUGGCCGCCAUCUGCGACGAGUACGCGCAGAGCUUCGGGGAGGUCCAGGAGACGGCGGCUGCUCCGGCGGCUGCUCCGGCGGGCGACGGCCAGAGCUGUCAACUCAAGGGCCUCGCGGACCAUGUGGCGUCGGCGUCAGGGGACUGCUGCACGCCGAAGAAGUCGAGCUGA